CCCAGAGCCAAGGUGGUGAGAAACCUCUGGAAGGAAGAAACACUCCUAACUUACAAGGGAAGGAAAGUAGAGGAGAGACAGGCACAGGCAGGCAGACAGACAGACAGACUGGCUGACUGACUGACUGACAGACAGACAGAGGUAAAGAUAGAUGCAUCAGCUGGGCCCAGCAACUUCUAGCAGGCAGGCUACUCUUGGGACUAUCCAUAUCUAAUGAGCUCGACAGUGGCUGCCUCCACUGUGCCCGUGGCUGUGACGGCUUCCAAGAAGGAGUCUCCAGGUAGAUGGGGCCUCGGAGAGGAUCCAACAGGUGUGGGCCCCUCGCUCCAGUGCCGAGUGUGUGGGGACAGCAGCAGUGGGAAGCAUUACGGUAUCUAUGCCUGCAAUGGCUGCAGUGGCUUCUUCAAGAGGAGUGUGAGACGAAGGCUCAUCUACAGGUGCCAAGUCGGGGCUGGAAUGUGCCCAGUGGAUAAGGCCCAUCGAAACCAGUGUCAGGCCUGCCGGCUGAAGAAGUGCUUACAAGCAGGCAUGAACCAAGAUGCUGUGCAGAAUGAGCGCCAACCCCGAAGUAUGGCUCAGGUCCACCUGGAUGGCAUGGAAACAGGCAAUGAAUCCGGACCAGAACCGGUGGUGGCCUCCCCUGCCCUAGUAGGGCCCAGUUCCCGGGGCCCCACAUCUGUGUCUGCAUCCAGAGCCAUGGGCCACCACUUUAUGGCCAGCCUCAUCACUGCCGAAACAUGUGCUAAGCUGGAGCCAGAGGAUGCUGAAGAGAAUAUUGAUGUCACCAGCAAUGACCCUGAGUUUCCUGCAUCCCCCUGCAGUCUGGAUGGCAUCCAUGAGACAUCAGCUCGCCUGCUCUUCAUGGCUGUCAAGUGGGCCAAAAACUUGCCUGUGUUUUCCAACCUGCCUUUCCGGGACCAGGUGAUCUUGCUGGAAGAGGCAUGGAACGAGCUUUUCCUUCUUGGAGCCAUUCAGUGGUCUCUGCCCCUGGACAGCUGCCCACUGCUGGCACCACCCGAGGCCUCUGGCAGCUCUCAGGGCAGGCUGGCCUUGGCCAGUGCAGAGACCCGCUUCCUGCAGGAAACCAUCUCCCGGUUCCGAGCUCUGGCAGUGGACCCCACAGAGUUUGCCUGCCUAAAGGCCCUGGUCCUCUUCAAACCCGAAACACGAGGCCUGAAGGAUCCCGAGCAUGUGGAGGCUUUGCAGGAUCAGUCCCAGGUGAUGCUGAGCCAGCACAGCAAGGCUCACCACCCCAGCCAGCCUGUGAGGUUUGGGAAAUUGCUCCUCCUGCUCCCAUCUUUGAGGUUCCUCACGGCUGAGCGCAUCGAGCUUCUCUUCUUCAGAAAGACCAUAGGGAACACCCCGAUGGAGAAGCUCCUGUGUGACAUGUUCAAAAACUAGUGGGAGCACCAAGUGUUCACGGGCACUGGGGCAGUACAUCUUAGAAGCUAAAUAUUUCCCUGCCUUUCUUAUCCAGUAAUUCCACAUGCAGGUAUUCGUACCUAGCAGAAAUUUCUCCCAAAAUAUAUUACUGGGAUAUUCAUUGCCAUAGUAAUCUUAAUACCCCUAACUCUGAUUGGACAGGAGAAUGCAUGGAUGUAUUGUUAUAUUCAUAGGAGAAACAGCUGUGGCAAAAAAUGAAAUAA